AGCUCUAGUCAGUGGAAUAGCUCUGACCCAUCGGACAGUGAGAACUCCGACUAUGAGUCCCCAAAGCCCAAGCGGAAGCCCCCAAGCAAGAAGCCAGGCUCGUCGUCCUCAUUUUCCAAGAAAAAGUCAUCAUCGCAUAAAAAGAAGAAGAGUAGCAGUGAAGGCAGUGACAGUGAUGAUGCUAGUAAAAGGCGAGGCUCAAACCGAGCAACAAAGGGAGUCAGCUACAAGGAGGCUGAGAGUGAAGAAGAGGAAGAGGAUGAGGAAGACAUGAUUGAGGUCGACUGGACACAGACACAGCCCAAAGAAGAAGAUGAGAAUGUGCAGACCAUUGAGAAGGUUCUGGAGCACAGGGUCGGCAAAAAGGGAGCUGUGGGUAUGCAGACCUACUUAUACGAGGUGGAGAAGAAUGGGGACCCUAACGCAGACUUUGAUCCCAACGACCCUGAGCAGGUGGAGACACAGUACCUGAUAAAAUGGAAGGGCUGGGCACACCUCCACAACACCUGGGAGUCGGAGGAGUCGCUCAAAACACAGAAGUACAAUGCAUUCCAGGUGAAAGGCAUGAAGAAGCUGGAGAACUACCUGCGCAGGGAGGAGGAGAUGGCCAUUUGGAGGCACCGCGCAUCCCCAGAGGAGGUCGAGUACAUGGAGAUCCAGUCGGAGCUCGAGAAGGAGCUCUAUGUGUCGCACGUUAGAGCUGAGAGGAUCUUUGCUGAAGCAGAGGAAAAUGGCAACCAUUAUUACUACAUGAAAUGGGAAAAUCUCCCCUAUGCAGAGGCCACGUGGGAACUCGAAUCCUUAGUUCGAGAAAGAUUUAUUGAACAACUUGAGAGUUUUGAAGUGCGGGAAAAGUCAUCUUGCACCCCAAAGCAGUGCCCUGCACUGAAACACAGACCAAAGUUCUCGGCAAUGAAAGUCCAGCCCGAUUAUUUGGGAGGCGCAAAUGAGAAUCUAGAAUUACGUGAUUACCAGAUGGAUGGAGUCAACUGGCUCAUUCAUGCUUGGUGCAAGCACAACUCUGUCAUACUUGCUGAUGAGAUGGGUCUGGGUAAAACCAUCCAGACUAUAAGUUUUCUGAGCUACCUUUUCCAUACACACGCCAUGUAUGGUCCCUUCCUCCUAGUCCUACCACUCUCCACCCUGAAUGCAUGGCAGCGGGAAUUCCACAACUGGGCUCCAGACAUUAACGUCAUUGUUUACAUCGGUGACAGGGACUCCAGAAGAAUUGUGAGAGAUUAUGAGUGGACAACCUCCUCCAAAAGGCUCAAGUUCAAUGCUGUUCUCACAACCUAUGAGAUUCUUUUACGUGAUAAAGAAGACCUGAGAGACAGCUGUCAGUGGGCUUGUCUGGUGGUUGAUGAGGCACAUAGGCUCAAGAAUGAGGAGUCUCAGCUGUACCAGGCACUGAAGGAGUUCCGCUCCAACCACCGUUUGCUCAUCACUGGCACACCCCUCCAGAACUCUCUCAAGGAGCUGUGGGCCCUCCUGCACUUCAUUAUGCCUGAGAAGUUUGACGACUGGGACUACUUUGAGUCACAGCAUGACAGUGAGAACAUGAGGAAGGGUUUCCACCGCCUUCAUAAGCAGCUAGAGCCCUUCCUUCUGCGUCGUGUCAAGAAGGACGUGGAGAAGUCCCUCCCUGCAAAGGUGGAGCAAAUCCUCAGGGUGGACAUGAUGCAGCAGCAGAAGCAGUUCUACAAGUGGAUUCUCACCAAGAAUUAUGACAUGCUCAAAAAAGGGAACAGGGGUUCAACUUCAAGUUUUGUAAAUAUUGUGAUGGAGUUGAAGAAAUGCUGCAACCACAGUCACCUCAUUAAACCUGCUGAAGAUACUAUAUCAACAGAGAUUCUGCCGGCUUUAUUAAGAGGCAGCGGGAAGUUAAUGCUGUUGGACAAGCUUUUGGUUAGGCUGCGGGAAACGGGGCACAGAGUCCUCAUCUUCUCCCAGAUGGUGCGCAUGCUGGACAUCUUGGCGCAGUACCUGCAGUACCGCCGCUUCCCCUUCCAGAGGCUGGAUGGCUCCAUCAAGGGUGAACUCAGGAGGCAGGCACUCGAUCACUUCAAUGCUGAUGGUUCUCAGGAUUUCUGUUUCCUCCUGUCCACCCGUGCCGGAGGCCUUGGAAUCAACCUCGCUACGGCAGAUACCGUCGUCAUUUUUGACUCGGAUUGGAAUCCCCAAAAUGAUCUGCAAGCGCAAGCAAGAGCACAUCGAAUAGGUCAGAAAAAUCAGGUUAAUAUUUAUCGGCUGGUGACGAAAAAUAGUAUAGAAGAAAAUAUUAUUGAGCGCGCGAAACAGAAGAUGGUUCUCGAUCAUCUUGUUAUCCAGUCCAUGGACACUUCUGGUCGCACUGUCUUCAAUAAAAAAAUGUCUAGCUCAAAUUCUAACCCAUUCAACCGCGAGGAGUUGAAUGCCAUCCUAAAGUUUGGUGCAGAGGAACUUUUUAAAGAUGACGAGGAGAAUGAGGAGGAGCCAAUGUGUGAUAUAGAUGAAAUCCUCAGGAGAGCUGAGACGAGGGACGAGGCUCCGUCCAUGGCCAGUGAUGAGCUCUUGAGCGCAUUCAAAGUGGCUUCCUUUAAUCUAGAUGAAGAGGAGGAAGUCUCCAAGCUUGACUCCGUUGAUGAGAGCACCAAAGACUGGGAUGAAAUUAUCCCAGAGGAUUUCCGAACCAAAAUUGAUGAAGAGGAGAAGCAAAAAGAAAUGGCUGACCUCUACCUGCCCCCAAGAAAACGGAAGACGGUGAAUCAGGCAGGACAGAAGGAAGAUGAAUCUCCUCGAGCCAAGAAGAAACGCCAGGACUCUGAAUCAAGCAAUGACGAUACAGAUGAUGACAAACCAAGAAAGCGAGGUCGGCCUCGCAUGCACCAUAAAGAGACCAUUAAAGGUUUUACUGAUGCAGAGGUCAGAAGAUUCUUCAAGAGCUUCAAAAAGUUCAGCAAUCCCUUACGACGUCUCGACACUAUUGCUCACGAUGCUGAUCUCCGAGAGAAGCCCAUCAGCGACCUGCGCAAAGUGGGCGAGACAAUAUAUGAGAGGUGCCAGGAUGCUAUGAAGGAGCACGAGAGUCAGAAAGAGAAUGAAAAGGCACCUGAAGUUAAUGGCCAACCCAAACAACGCAGAGACAGAGGACCAUCGUUCAAGCUCUCUGGGGUGGCUAUCAAUGCCAAAACCACACUGGCAACCUUAGAGGAGCUAGCACCCUUGGACCACAUCGUACCUCACGCACCAGUUGAGCGAGCGUCGUGGACCCUGCAGAUGAAGCGGGUCAAAGAUGCCCACUGGGAUGUACCUUGGGGCAUCCAGGAUGAUUCCAGGUUACUACGUGGUAUUUACGAGUAUGGAAUGGGAUCUUGGGAACAAAUCAAGGGAGAUCCAGCCCUUAACCUCGACGACAAAAUCCUCCUUGGGGGUGAGACCAAGCCUCAGGGUAAACAUUUAGAGAGCAGAGCACAAUACUUACUUAAACUAAUCAAGAAACAGAUGGGUCUUGGACCAACAAAGCAGCUCUCUCAACAGGCCAAGAUCCACAAGCCUCUCAAACUUCGAAAGACCAAGGAACCAAAGGGCAUAUCAAAAGCCAUCAUUGAAAACGACGACAGCUCUGAUGACGAAAAGAAUACCUCGCAGUUGUCAGGAGUGAGCCUUAAAAAGGCUCCUAAGGUGAAUGAAGAGCCCAAGGAACACAAAGACUCCAAGGAAAGCAAGUCGAAAGCACGGGACAUCAAGGAGGAGAAGGAGGAUGGUGAGAAGGCCAAAGUAAAGGAGGAAAACGAUGCCAAGGAGGAGAAACCAAAGAAGAAGAAGGAGAAAAAGGAGAAGAAAGAGAAGAAGGAGAAGGACAAGAAGGCCGACGGACCGAUGCACAUCACUGCCAAUGGAGAGCCCAUUCCGCUGGAUGACAGUAAAGAGCUUGACAAGACGCACCCACUUUGGGACGAGUGCAAAGAGAAGAUGAGACCGAUGAAGAGAGCACUAAAGACCCUUGACAACCCCAACGAAAGCCUGACGCAAGAAGAACAAAUUCAACAGACACGACGCUGUCUCAUCCAAAUAGGAGAUCACAUUGAGCGCUGUUUAGAGAACAUCAAGGAUCCUGAGAGUUUGAAAGAAUGGAAAAGCCUGCUGUGGCAGUUUGUCUCCAAGUUUACAGAGUAUGAUUCCAAAAAGUUGCACAAGCUUUAUAAGAAGAACAAGAAGAUUCAAGAAGAGAAGAAAGAGGCUGACAAGGACAAGGACCAUGAUAAGGAUAAGAAGGAUGAUAAACGAGACAAGAAACAUGAGAAGGAGCACGACAAAAAGCGUGAUAAGGGAGGCAGUGGUGGAGGGGGCGAAGGAGGAGGGAGCGGAGACAAGCACCAUGACAAGAAGCGCAAAAUGGAGGAGAGUGGUGCACACAGUCCUUCAAAGAAACCUUAUAACGGGUGGGGACCGAGAGGGCGCGAAGGGGACAAGUGGAGUGACCGGGAUAAGAGUCGAGACCGAGACCGCGACAGGGACCGUUCGGAUCGGGACCGACCCCGAGACCGCGACAGGGACCGAGACCGCAACUAUCCACGCAACCAUCCUGGCCCUGGGAGAGAGUGGCACAACAGCCCUGGGGGGAGAGACUUCAAAGAGAGGUGAGUGAGAAAUGAAUGCUUUG